AUGGCGACGGCUGGUGGCGGGAGCUGGGGCGGCUGCGGGGCGCGACCCCGAGGCUGCGGCUGCAAAGGGGUCCGGACCUGCCUGCUGUGCGAGCGGGAGCCAGGCGGCGGCGUGCCCGGAGUCCUGCCUCCGCAGAAGACAGCCCAUUUCAUCUACUGUUUAGAAACGGGUUUGGCCGUAGGAAUGGAGGAAUCAGAAUUUGCCGGCUGGGCUUUUCCUUUCCCAGGAGUAGCUCUGAUAAAGGAUUUUGUUAGUGCUGAGGAGGAGGCUGAGCUGGUUCGGUUAAUGGAUCAAGAUGACUGGAAACUUUCACAGUCUGGAAGAAGGAAACAGGACUAUGGCCCCAGAGUCAAUUUUAGGAAACAGAAGCUGAAACCUGGCAGCUUCGAUGGCCUACCCAGCUUCAGCCGGGAGAUUGUACAGAGGAUGGGGACGUACCCCAUCCUAGAGACGUUCCUGCCGGUUGAACAGUGUAACUUGGACUACCACCCGGAACGAGGCUCUGCGAUUGACCCCCACUUGGAUGACUCCUGGCUUUGGGGAGAGCGGCUAGUCAGCCUCAAUCUGCUCUCGCCGACAGUGCUGUCCAUGUCUCGGGAUUCAGGUGAGAGACUUCAGUUACUCUCUGUGGCCCAGCAGGGAACGAGGAACUCUGUGCUGAAUGACACAAAGCCGGGAGACCCUGAGGAUGCCCAGAGCACCUGGCGAUCUGUUCCAUGUGACCACGUGGAAGUGGCCGUUCCCUUACCUGCUAGGUCCCUGCUUGUGUUGUUUGGAGCUGCCCGCUAUCAGUGGAAACAUGCCAUCCACCGCCGGCACAUUGAGAGUCACCGAAUCUGCGCCACCUUUCGGGAGCUGUCAGCUGAGUUCUGUCCUGGAGGAAAGCAGGGAGAACUAGGGCAGGAACUCUUGGAAAUAGCUCUGUCGUUUCAAGGAAAACCCGUGUGACAGGCCCCGAGAAAAGGAGCCAGCACCCAGACUUGUCAAGAAAUGAGUCCAGGACCCGGCAGUGCCGACGUGCCUGGAAACACCGGAUUCACGAUAGGAUCGCUUGUCUUAAUUCGGCCGCCCUCGAAACCCCAAAGUCAAACGUGCCGUUGUCUCGUCCUCCUCUGUUGUCAGGGCAGCUCUUGGGAAUUCUCAUCUUUCCUUGUUUUUGUUCUGGAGGGAAGUGAGGCUGAGGGCCUCGAGGGUCCUUAAAGGUGGAGCUGGAGAGGGCAGGAAGAAUUGUGGUGACGCAGCCUUGGCCGUGCUGCCCAGGAGGGGCCAGGCUGCUCACAGGGCACCCUCCUCGUACCUGGGUCUUGGCGGACCUUCGCUUAUCAACGUUUCCAUUAGCGAAAAAGGCCCCUGACUUACUAUAUCUACCUCACCCAAAUCAAUGUAAGACUGGUGGGGUCAUUCUAAAUAUACACAGCAUUCCGUGGAAAGAUGAUCUAUGUCAUUAAACGUGUAUUUUUUUAA